UCAACAUCUUUCAAUCGCUGUCAAUUUGACAGUGUCAAAUCAUCUUGUUUUGAUUUUCGCAAACAAAUGGAUAGUCAAGUUACAAACGAGGGACAUUUGAUAGAUUUAAUAGACGACGAUUGGAGAGCAGAUAAAUUACCAAAAGACGAGAUAGACGUUCCUUUGCAUGAACUCCCCGACCCGGAAGCAGAUUCAAGCGACGCUACUUUAACCUUAAAAGAACAAGAACAGAAGUGGACCGACAUAGGUUUAACAUCUUUAAGUGAGCUACUAUAACUUUAAUCUAUUAAGAAGAUGGAAUUCCCAAGCGUGGGGAAACAAUGCGACUCUUCAGACUGUAAGCAAUUGGAUUUUUUACCUUUAACCUGUAAAUGUGGUCACCGUUUCUGUCCUGAACACUUUAAAAUUCAUCUUGAAACAUGCGAAACGAACGUUUCGAACGUUGUUGAUGAAUUAACGCGAAUUAAAGAUGUUUAUCAAUGUUCCCAAAUUGGUUGUAAUAAAACUAGUUUGGUAAAAUUUUUUUGUGAAAAGUGUAAUAAGAAUUUUUGUAUCGAACAUAGACAUAUAGAGUGUUCUUAUGAUUUGGGCAAAGCUGAAGAGUUUAGAAACAAAAAUGAAGAGGUUAAAAAACAAUUUGAAAAUGCAAAAAUUUUAGUAAACAAACAGAUCGAUGAAAAUAUAGCUAAAGCAAAAUUAAAAGGAAAAAAUACCCAAAAAAUUCAAUUAAUGCGUUUAAAAGGUAAAGCGGUUGGUUUAAAUUCAAUUCCAAGUGUGGAUCGAGUUUAUUUUAACAUAACUCACCCCAAAAUAACCCCUGAAAAAACUACUGCAAUUUUUGUAUCAAAAACUUGGACGCUAGGUCGGGUUAUUGAUGCAAUUGCAGACGAAAUCAAAAUUACAAAUAAAAACAACCAAGCAAAUGUUUUAAAAUUACGAUUAUUUAAGAAAGAAACUGGGGAAACGGUUUCAAGUAUCAUGUCAAAAAAAUUAGAGGAUCUUUUAAAAGCUGAUGAAAUUGUUGAUGGCGAAGAAUUGUUAAUUGAGUAUGUUUCUGAAGAUUGCAAAAAUAUCAAUAAUGUUUAAACCUUAAUCAAUUUAUAUAAAUAAACUUUCUUUUUAACACAUUAUUAUCCAUUGAUGUAUUAAUAUAUUUCAUGUCUACAAUUACAAUAGAGUUUAUAAGUUAGGUUUUA